AAAAUCUACUUGCAGCUAAAACAGCGUGCCAGCCUGCACAGCAGUGCUGCAGAGGAUUUGGCAGCACAAAAGAUGUGCUGGAGCGUGGACAGAUUCUGGAGUGGGGUAAACAGUUUAGGCGUGCACCUCGCUGGCGGACGGCGGGAGCCCUGCUGCAACAGUCUGGAGAUGGGUCGGCAGGGGAGGAUCACAAUCUGACUUUCUGAAUCAUCCGAACUAGGGGGUGGGGGGAGUGGAUGAGGUGGAGGGGCUGGUGAGUAGGACAGUCCUGUACUCUCUUGUCUCACUCCUGCAGUGUGUGUCCUUGGCAUUUGUGUGUGUGUUUCGGUGGUCCGCAACGCUGUGGAUCAAGUCUGCACGCAUGGAUCGAGGCUGAGCGUCGCAAACGCCUCUGCCUGAUGGGGAGUCUGUGAGACGGCCGCCCAUUCCUCCCCUCCCUGGUCCCCUUCAUGCCGUGCUGUGGGCUGGGCCAUCGCCGGAGAGCAGAGCUUCCAUAUGGUUCGGCCGACUCUUACACCAGCCGUCCAUCAGACUCCGAUGUUUCCCUUGAGGAGGAUAAGGAGGCAGCGCGCAGAGAGGCAGAGCGACAGGCUCAGGCACAGCUCGACAAAGCCAAGACCAAACCAGUUGCAUUUGCUGUCCGCACAAAUGUCAGCUACAGCCCGAGUCAUGACGACGACGUACCUGUGCCCGGCAUGGCUAUCUCCUUCGACGCUAAGGACUUCCUCCAUGUCAAAGAGAAAUUCAACAACGACUGGUGGAUAGGACGUCUAGUGAAAGAAGGCUGUGAAAUUGGCUUCAUUCCCAGUCCGGUGAAGCUGGAAAACACUCGCAUCCUCCAGGAGCAGAGAGCCAAACAGGGCAAGUUCCACUCCAGCAAACUGGGAGCAAACUCAUCGUCUAGUUUAGGUGAAGUGGUUCCUAACUCCAGGAAAUCUACUCCUCCUUCAUCUGCUGUUGACAUAGAUGCCACAGGUUUAGACCCAGAAGAAAAUGAGCUCCCAGUCAACCUGCGCUCCCCUAAAGCCAGUCCAAACACUGUUAUAUCACCCCUAGCAAAAGAGAAACGAAUGCCCUUCUUUAAGAAGACGGAACACAUUCCUCCAUACGACGUUGUGCCUUCCAUGCGGCCCGUAGUUCUGGUUGGACCGUCUCUGAAGGGCUACGAGGUGACGGACAUGAUGCAAAAAGCACUGUUUGACUUCCUGAAACACCGAUUUGAGGGAAGAAUUUCAAUCACCCGUGUCACAGCGGAUAUCUCGCUUGCCAAACGCUCGGUUCUGAACAAUCCCAGCAAGCACGCCAUCAUCGAGCGCUCCAACACGCGAUCCAACUUGGCUGAAGUCCAAAGCGAGAUCGAGCGGAUUUUUGAACUGGCCCGCACGUUGCAGCUGGUGGUUCUGGAUGCCGACACCAUCAACCAUCCGUCUCAGCUUGGGAAGACAUCCUUAGCCCCCAUCAUCGUCUACGUGAAGAUCACCUCCCCCAAGGUGCUGCAGCGGCUCAUCAAGUCCAGAGGCAAGUCUCAGGCCAAACACCUGAAUGUCCAGAUGGUGGCCGCUGACAAGUUGGCGCAGUGUCCUUCUGAGAUGUUUGAUAUCAUCCUCGAUGAGAACCAGCUGGAAGAUGCGUGUGAGCACAUGGCUGAUUACCUCGAAGCUUACUGGAGGAGUACUCACCCCACCAGUUCCAGCCCCCCUGACCCGGUACUGACAAACCUGCCCGCAGUGGCCCUCCCAAGCGCGCAGAUGCCAGCCUCUGCCGUGCAGGGCAACGGUACGGAGCAGAAAGGAGAAAAGGCGUUGGUGGAGAGGAAGGGGUCCAAAGAAGACAACCAGCAGCAUCAUCAUCAUCACAAGCACCAUCACCACCACCACCAGAGCCAGGAGCAGGCGGACAUAGAGGCUGACGGGGACAGCAAUGAGGAGGAGAGGCCUCUAAGGACAGAGUCCAGCAAGAGAGCCCCACACAUCCACCACAGGUCAUCGUUCACCAGAACUGAGCAUCACAACCACCACCACCACCACCAUCACAGCAACAAAGUCAGGGGCCUCUCCCGGCAGGAGACUUUGGACUCCGAGACCCCCGAGAGCAGAGAGAGUCGCGAGAGCAAGGACUCGGCUCGCAUCGAGUCGCGGGCUCCGCUCCGCCAUCAGGACGAGGAGGACGAGGACGAGGAGGAUGAGGAAGAGGAGGAGGAAGACGACGACGACGAGGAGUUAGGGGAGGGCCACCCCCAGCAGCAGCAGCGCUAUGAGCCACUGCCCCACCGGGACCACAACCACCAUCACCACCACCACCAUCACCGCAGCGGGGCGGACGAGGCCGGCCAGGGACAUCACCGCUCCAAAGAGCACGAGCAGGACCACAACGAGCGAAACAAGCAGCGCUCUCACCACCACCACCGCCCAGCGCGAGACCACCACCACCACCACCACUACGAGCGGGACAGGGACAGGGAGCGGGACCGUGAGGGGGAGGUGGCUCCCAAAAAGAGAGGUGAGGCAGGUGAGGUGUGGGUCAGAGACUCACACAUCCAUCAAUGACAGACCAAAGUCCUGCUGAAGCCCUUCUGGACUCUUCGUCCCCCCAUCAUGCUGCUAAACCCUGAAGCAUCCCGUUUCUCUCCCCAUCUUUGUAAAUGCUGACACGUCUUUUACAGGAUUUUGAUUACAUAGAUAUAAAUAUAUAUCUAUAUAUAGAUAUAUAUCUAUAUAUCUAUAUAUAUAUGUGUGUGUGUGUAUCUAUGCAUAGACAUUGUUUAUGUGUGGAUAUGCAUGACUAUUUUUAAAUAUGCAUAUUUUAAACCUGUGUUUUGAUCGAGCAUGACACAACAGCAGAUUUUUUUCUGUUCUGAGCUGUGCUUUCUGUGAUUAGCAUUAUAAUUUUUAUUAUUAUUAUUUUUAAUAUUAUUGUUUUAUUGCUUGCUACCACUUGAAUAAUUUGUUCCUUCAGACUACUGGGAGAGGGGUGGGAGGCUUACUGGCCAACAUGGUUUGAUGCUGUAAUUUGAGAUUAGCCUGGCACUUUGGGAAAUUUGCUUAUUUGGAUUAAAACCCAGUAAAAAAAAAAAAAAAAGUUGAAAAAUAUUUAUUUCUAAUGCAAAAGUACUGCAACAAAUAUAUUUCUGUUGGAAUUUCAUUCUUAAGUAAAGAAUUGUAUCUGACUUGAUGUAACUUCAUUUUACUGCUACUGUACUGCAAGACAUUUUCAUGUCAUGAAGGUUGAUCCUGGUUUUGAGAGAUUUGGAUUUAACUUUAUGAAUAUUUUAGCCAAAAAGCAAAACUACUAACAAACCACACCCAUUCACACAAAGUGGACAUGACUUGGAUUCCCUAAUGCAGAGAUGUUCAAAUUUUUUUGACACAAAACUGUCAAGUCAACAAAGCUUGCCAGCCAAAAAAAAUAAAAAGUUUUGUCCAAGCUGCCAUAUUUUAAUUAAGCAAAUAGUUUUAAUUGGAAAGGGUUAUCAAUUGUAUAUCCAAAACUUAAGAUAGGUUUUGCAGAUUUGCCUCAUUAAAAAGAAUGGCAUCCAGUUUCAAAUUUAUUCAGAUCUAAAAAAAUAAAAAUAACUUUGUGCGGUUUUUGAAUUGCAAUCAGGAGUCACAAAAUAAUCUCGCAAAUGGCCCGUGAGCCGCACUUUGGACAUCCCUGCAUUACGUUGCAUCUGUAAAGCUAUGCUCUAAUGCUACAUUGCUCCUGGAAUGUUUCAUGUUAUGAGGGUUGAUUCUGAUUUGGAGGGAUGUGGGCUUAGCUUUAUGAUUAUUUUAGACAAGACAAGAACUUUCGUCCUAAGCCUUACUUACUUUUCCCAAAAGUUUAAAACAUACAAUUUUAACUACAAAAGUAAUAAAGUGAGAAAUAUCCUCAUUCAUACACCCACAUGAUUUUGUAAGAGUCUGAGCUGACUUUAGUCUUUAUAUUUACCAGAAAAUAUAAACAUAAAGGAAGCUUUUUCCCCAAAGUGUCAGACUACUCCUUACAUUUUCUGUUCAAUUUCCACUGCUCAGUUCCUUCUCUUCAUUCUGUAUCCACGGUUUCAGACAUUUACUUUUGGCAUAUUUAUGCCUCCUUUGAGGCGGAUGAGCUCAACAGUAACCCUCUCUGUAUAAACAUGCAGUACUAUUCCUCUUAUGGGUCCAGAAAUGUUUUCUAACAUUGGUACACCAUUUAUCCUGCAUUUUGUUUCCGAUUCAUGCCAGCUUCAAACAGACGUGGUUUCAUACGACACUUAGGAAAUCUCCAUUCUGGUUCAUCUUUUCUCAAGUCUGACCCAUUUCCUAAUGAAUGUUGUUGAAUUCCCUGCUGGACUCCCACUUCUUACAGUACAAAGAAUGUUAAUUAUAGGAAAUGUUCAGAGUGUUCUGCACUUAAAAUAUUCAUUCAUAAAACAAGCUCAAAGUGUUCUAAAUGUUCCUGUCCGCCAUCUGUUCACUCCCCCAACCUGAUCCGUGCAGUUUCCACCAGAUAUUUCUGCUCGAUCUACGUCUGACUUUUUUAUUUUAUUUUGACUCCUCUAUUUUCACCCCCAUCCUCCCACCACCACCUUUUUGUUCCCACCUGACAAGUGUAAUUAUAAAGACUAUUUCUAUGCUACAUUUGUAGCCCCACAAAUUUUAUAAUAGUGUACAUGUGUAUGUACAUAAUGCAUAAAUAUGAAGAAUAAAGUUGAGAACGGAGAAAUGUAA